GUAUCCAGAGGUAGCCCCGCCCCCGUGCGCCUGCCCGCCACGCGUGCGCGCGGAGCAGGACGGGCGAUUCACGCACCCAAAAUGGCGGCCGCGAUGGAUGUGGAUACCCCUAGCGGCACCAACAGCGGCGCCGGCAAGAAGCGCUUCGAAGUGAAGAAAUGGAAUGCAGUAGCUCUGUGGGCGUGGGACAUUGUGGUUGAUAACUGUGCCAUUUGCAGAAACCAUAUUAUGGAUCUAUGCAUAGAAUGUCAAGCAAACCAAGCGUCAGCUACCUCUGAAGAAUGCACAGUUGCAUGGGGCGUCUGCAAUCAUGCUUUCCACUUCCACUGCAUCUCUCGCUGGCUCAAAACUCGCCAAGUAUGUCCGCUGGACAACAGGGAAUGGGAGUUCCAAAAGUAUGGACACUAGAGAGAUGGUCACCACGCUUGUUAUGUCAUCAGCCUCAGUUAUUCUUGACAUUAUGUGUUUGUUUUAGCAACUUGAAAAAUCAGUAAUGUAUACAAUUCCUCUUUAACCUUCAUUUCUCCCUGUUGUAUACCAUUGAAUAAAAGCUUGCUGGAAUUCCUGUUAAA